AUGUCAAAAGGAACAACCCACCACAUUGCCGCCAUCGAGGCCGUCCACUGCCCAAUCCCCGACUUCAACCUCCCAGCUCCAUACACCAUAUCCAUCCACAACUGGACGACGCCCCCAGAGCUCAGCGCGCGGGUUAAAGAUGCCACGAUCAUCUUAACAACCACAAUCCGGCUCUCUGCCGAGAUGCUGAGCGUUGAAAAAACCCCACGCCUCCGCUUAAUCGUGGUGAUGGCGUCGGGAACAGAUUGUGUCGACAAAGAAGCUGCCAUAGCCCGCGGAAUCACAGUCUGCAAUUGUCCUGGAACGAAUAUCGAUAGCGUCAGUGAGCACGCGUUGGGAUUGUACUUUGCGACACGGAGGAAUCUAGUUGGUCUGACCAAUACCAUGACGACUGUUCCUGCAAAGGGCGAAACGGUGUGGAAAGCGAAUGGGUCUCUACAUCCACGGCUGCGGACAGCCGAUGAGAAGGGCCCGUUACUAUGCAGCCAGGAGACAGUCGGGAUAAUCGGGUAUGGAGCACUGGGUAAACGAAUCCAAACGUUAGUGAGGAGUCUAGGGAUGAAGGUGAUUGUAGCCGAGCGUCGAGGGCAAACGCCACGAGCAGAUCGGGUUUCCUUUGAAGAUGCGCUUCGACGGUCAACCGUGUUGAUACUCUGCCUACCGCGGACGCCGGAGACGGUCAACCUGAUAUCAGCCGAGGAGCUGCGGAUGAUGCCGUGCCAGGCUGUGCUGAUCAACGUUGGUCGCGGGGGGAUAGUGGAUGAAGAAGCCUUGGUUAGUGCCUUGCAACAGGGUGAGAUCUUUGGGGCGGGGAUGGAUGUUUACGCGAAUGAGCCUGUUGGCAGAGGCGGGUCGCCUUUGUUGGAGGUGGAUGGGUUGAAUCUGGUGUUGAGUCCUCAUCUUGCGUGGUUUGCAGAGGAGACGUUGGAGAAUCUACAGGCGGGUGUGAAGGAGACGGUCGAACGGUGGUGUAUUGGGGAUGUGAAAAACCAGGUGGCGUAA